AAAUUCAAAACCAGAAUGGUCCGACUCUCCAAGGGAUCCUGCCUUCAUUGUAUUGUUGCAGGUUUAUUUUUGGACAUGGAUUUACCGUCACAUUCCCUGGAGAAUCCCCCAGAUUCCGGACAUAGUGCUCCAGGAUUCCAUUGAGAGCAGCAACUCAGUUUCCUCUAGUAAAAAAUAGUAAUCAUCAUCACCUGGGCAGUAGAGCAUUUCACUUUUUUUCUAAGUGGCAUGAGGAGCCCAAAAUGACCAAUUGGCUGUCUCAUAUCUCAAUUCAGGUUUAUAAUAUUAUUCUGCUGGUGGAAUUUUUCUCCCUUAAAGAAAAAGUCCUCCCAACAUGCAGAAUUUACCAUUGAGGGGAUGAGUAGCAGAAAUUACUUGAGAGGGUUAUUAGGUAAUAUAACGUGGAAAAGUAGGCUUGCUAGAUUUAGUAAACAAUAUCUGGCUCAGUAAAUUUUGAAAAUUUCUAACUCCCUAUGCACAUAUACACUGAAAUAAGAAGGAAAUAUUGCAUAGGACAUACUUAUAUAAAAAUCAUUUGUUGUGUUUCUGAAGGAAAUUAUAACUAAGUUUCAUACCUCUUUAAGUAUACUUACCUGGUAAUUUGCUUCUUCUUAACUUUUCCUUGUUUUGUAUUAUUUGUUUAUAAAAUUCCUUGUAAUUACCCUCUAUAUUCCAUUUAGUUUGUUUCAUAGUUUCCAGGGUAGUCUCAUCCAAUUUAUUUGAUUCCUUUGUCCACUGAACAUUCCUCAUGGAGACACAGGCUGUAAGUAGCAUUGUGAGCUGGAGGACAGAUGAUACUGUCCAGUGUGGAAGACCACUACAACUUCUCCUUUGAUUUUUAAAAAUCUUUUUCACCCACAUUCUUCUUAAUAACAAUCUUAUUUUAUCGUCUUCUUUGCUAGUAGUGGAAAAUUUAUAUCUCUCAUGCUUAACUGUUAUUACAUGCUGUUUUAUAGUUGACUGCCCAUCAUUUCCAAUAUUGAUCAAACAAUUGCACUGUGUCAACUUUUUGCAAACCAUUACAAAAAGUGGACUACAAGAGACUUAAGGCAUCCUAACAAAUCAGUAUAGGAACCGGAACGAAAAUCAUUAAAUAUAGGAAAUACCCUGUAUAGACAGAACUGGCCACCCUAUUGCAGAUGUGUCUCAUGAACCUACCACUGUUCCUGAAACUGAGUAGAGGUUUAUUGAACACGUGUUAGAGCAGUAAAUACACAUGACAUUAUGGUUCUCCUAUUUAUUUUUUACAUUUCCAGUAAGUUCUUCAAAAUGUCAUCUCGACCCUAUCUCUCCAAGUUGUUAGAGUCCAACGUUUUCAAAUGUGAAAAGGAAGCACUGUUUGGAGAUAAAAACCUGAGUGUGGUGAAGGUUCUAGCACAGCCACAGGUGCAAUUUCAUUCUAUGACUUUUUCAGACGUCUCUGUCUCUCACUCCAACUUCACUGAGAUCUUAACUUUCUUUUGGCUGUAACAUACGUUUCUCUACAUUUUUGUCAAUUUUGUUGCAUAGCUACAUAAUUAUUAUUAUUAACUUUUUGUAAUAUCCAUUUCAUAAGUAAUUUUCAGAGAUAAUUUCAACUCCCUGUGCAUUCACUGUUGCUGCAAUUUCAGGUGAAUUGCUAAAUCAGUUUCCAUAAAGGAGAUGAGACCAUGGAAUGCCAAACCUUUUUUUCCAUGGUAAGAUGCCCCCUUUGCACAAAGGUUUCGACAGUUAGAAGGUCACCUGCUAUCUUGGCAGAAAAUGGCAUGUGAUUAUUUGCUCUCCUUUACAGACAGGUUUCAGAUUUUAAAAGAAAUGGAAAAUACCUCAGAGAAUAAUAAAUAUCUCAAUAAAUUUUACUUGCUAGGUCAGAAAGCAAUCAAUGAUUAUCAAGGCCAGAAAGAUAUCCCUCUCCAACUCUCCCUUAUGCCCUGUCUUUUCUUGAAUAUUGAAGGUCAUGAAACAUCUUCCAAAACUUCAGUCAACAUGUCUUUGACAAGCAAGAAGAUAGCUGAUAGCAUAGAGGGAACAUACCUCAACUUAAAAAAGGCCAUAAAAACCUACAGCUAACAUCAUACUCAAUGGUGAAAAGCUAAAAGCGUUUUCUCUAAGAUUGGAAACAAAAUAAGACAAGUGACUUGCUACUUUUAUUCAACAUAGUUUUGGAAGUCCUAGCUAUGGCAAUCAGAGAAGAAAAAGAAAUAAAAGGAAUCCAAAUGGGAAAAGAAGUUAAACUCUCACUGUUUCCAGAUGACAUGAUACUAUACAUAGAAAAUCCUAAAGACACUACCAGAAAACUACUCGAGCUCAUCAAUGAAUUUGGUAAAGUUGCAGGUUACAAAAUUAAUACACAGAAAUCUGUUGCAUUUUUAUACACUAACAAUGAAAGAUCAGAAAGAGAAAUUCAAGAAAUAAUUCCAUUUACCAUUGCAUCAAAAAGAAUAAAAUAACUAGGAAUAAACCUACCUAAGGAGAUAAAAGACCUGUACUCUGAAAACUAUAAGAUGCUGAUGAAAGAAAUUGAUGAUGACACAAACAAAUGGAAAGAUAUACCAUGUUUUGGAUUGGAAGAAUCAACAUUGUCAAAAUGACUAUACUACCCAAGGCAAUCUACAGAUUCCAUACAAUACCUAUCAAAUUUUAAAAUGGCAUUUUUUACAGAACUAGAACAAAAAAAUCUUAAAAUUUGUGUGGAGACACAAAAGACCCUGAAUAGCCAAAGCAACCUUGAGAAAGAAAAACAAAGUUGGAGGAAUCAUUCUCCCUGACUUUGGACUAUACUACAAAGCUAUAGUCAUUAAAACAGUAUGGUACUGGCACCAAAAACAGUAAUAUAGAUCAAUAGAGCAGGAUAGAAAGCCCAGAGACAAACCCACACACCUAUGGUCAAUUAAUCUGUGGCAAACGAGGCAAGACUAUACAAUGGAGGAAAGACAGUCUCUUCAAUAAAUAGUGUUAGGGGACUUCCCUGGUGGUGCAGUGGUUAAGAAUCCGCUUACCAAUGCAGGUGACACAGGUUUAAUCCCUGGUCCUGGAAGAUCCCACAUGCUGCAGAGCAACCAAGCCUGUGCGCCACAACUACUGAGCCUGUGCUCUAGAGACCACGAGCCACAACUACUGAGCCCAUGUGCCACAACUAUUAAGGCCCACUUGCUCUAGGACCUGUGCUCCACAACAAGAGAAGCCACUGCAAUGAGAAGCCCAUGCACCACAACGAAGAGUAACCCCCGCUUGCCACAACUAGAGAAAGCCCACACAGCAAUGAAGACCCAAUGCAGCCAAAAAUAAAUAAAAUUAAAAAAAAAUAGUGCUGGAGAAACUGGACAGCUAAAUGUAAAAAAAUUAAAGUAGAACAUUCUUUAAGACCACACACGAAAAUAAACUCAAAAUGGAUUAAAGACCUAAUUCUGAGACCAGACACUAUAAAACUCUUAGAGGAAAACAUAGGCAGAACAUUCUCUGAUAUAAAUUGCAGAAAGAGCUUUUUUGAUCCAUCUCCCAGAGUAAUGGAAAUAAAAACAAAAAUAAACAAAUGGGACCUAAUUAAACUCAAAAACUUUUGCACAGCAAAGGAAACCAUAAACAAAAUGAAAAGACAACGCACAGAUGGGAGAAAAUAUUUUCAAAUGAUGUGACCGACAAGGGAUUAGUCUCCAAAAUUUACAAACAGCUCAUGCAGCUUAAUAUCAUCAAAAUAGACAACCCGAUUAAAACAUGGGCAGAAGACCUAAAUAGACAUUUCUCCAAAGUAGACAUACAGAUGGCCAAGAGACACAUGAAAAGAUGUUCAACAUCACUAAUUCUUAGAGAAGUGCAAAUCAAAACUACAAUGAGAUAUCACCUCACACCAGUUAGAAUGGCUAUCAUCAAAAAAUCCACAAACGGGCUUCCCUGGUGGCACAGUGGUUGAGAGUCCACCUGCCAAUGCAGGGGACACAGGUUCGUGCCCCGGUCCGGGAAGAUCCCACAUGCCGUGGAGCGGCUGGGCCCGUGAGCCAUGACCGCUGAGCCUGUGCAUCCAGAGCCUGUGCUUCGCAACAGGAGAGGUCACAACAGUGAGAGACCCGCGUACCACAAAAAAAAAAUUUAAAAAUCCACAAACAAUAAAUGCAGGAGAGGAUGUGGAGAGAGGAAACCCUCCUACACUGUUAGUGGGAAUGUAAAUUGGUGCAGCCACUAUGAAGAACAGUAUGGAGGUUCCUUAAGAAACUAAAAAUAGAGCUACCAUGUGAUCCUGUAAUCCCACUCCUGGAUAUAUAUCUGGAGAAAAUCAUGGUCCAAAGGGAUACAUGCACCAAAAUGUUCAUUGCAGUGUUCUUUACAAUAGCCAAGACAUGGAAGCAGCCUAAAUGUCCAUUGACAGAAAAAUGGAUAAAGAAGGUGUGGAUGUGUUACAUACAUACAAUGGAAUAUUACUUAGCCAUUAAAAAGAAUGAAAUAGGGCUUCCCUGGUGGCGCAGUGGUUGAGAGUAUGCCUGCCAAUGCAGGGGACGCGGGUUCGUGCCCCGGUCCGGGAAGAUCCCACAUGCCGCGGAGCAGCUGGGCCCGUGAGCCAUGGCCGCUGAGCCUGCACGUCUGGAGCCUGUGCUCUGCAACGGGAGAGGCCACAACAGUGAGAGGCCCACGUACCGCAAAAAAAAAAAAAAAAAAAAAGAAUGAAAUAAUGCCAUUUGCAGCAACAUGGAUGGACUUAGAAAUUGUCAUACUGAGUGAAGUAAGUCAGACAAAGACAAAUAUCGUAUGAUAUCACUUAUAUGCAAAAUAUAAGAAAUGAUACAAAUGAACUUAUUCACAAACAGAAACAGACUUACAGACUUAGAGAACGAACUUAUGGUUACCAGAGGGAAGGGCAGGCAGGGGGGCAGAUAGUUAGGGAGUUUGGGACUGACAUGUACACAUUGGUAUACUUAAAAUGGAUAACCAACAAGGACUUACUGAAUAGCACAGGGAACUCUGCUCAAAAUUCUGUAACAGCUAAUUGGGAAACGAAUUUGAAAAAGAGUAGAUACACGUAUAUGUAUACUGAAUCACUUUGCUGUACACUUGAAACUAACACAAUAUUGUUAAUGAACUGUACCCCAAUAUAAAAUAAGUUAAAAAUAAAACGUCUAGGAUUGGCUCUCAAAGUGUGUCUGAGGCUGAAAUGUCUCUAUUUACAGAGCUAGGGAAAACUCUAGGGGUCACUUCCUGUUACCCAAUCAGCACAGUGAUUGGAUAAAUGUCAUGGAAGGAACUAUUUUAGAGAAUCCGAAUAGAUUCAGUUUCCCAUGGAAACUCCAAUAGGAGAAACCAUGAUUUAUUAAAGAGGCCUCCACAUUGGUUUGGUGGUAGAUUUUCUUUAUUGUAUUUUAUCUAUUUUAGACUUUAUGGGUUGCAUUUUGGGGGGAAACAGAUUGGUUUUCCUGAUCUAGGGAAUUUUUUCUCAUUGCCUGGAGAGUUUGAGGGAGUCAGAGAAUUGAGAUCUGGUAGUUGUAAUCGAAUUGGGUUACCUAAUCUAUUUUUCUUUUUUUCAUGAAAUAAGUCUUAAAAGACUUUUUGUCUAAAAUCAGCUGAUGAGCUAAAGUGUGCGAAGAACCUAUUUCGGAGUAGGCAUUUAGAAAACCAGAGGUUGUACACCAGUAGGGAAAAAUAAUGACACCUAUCAAUUUAGGGAACCUUCCUUCUUCUAAAUAACUAAGGAAGCAAUACGCGAACAAGUAUAGAGGGUAAAAAUCUCAACGAAAUAAAGGCCACAUGGACAAAAACACAGCUAUUAUCUACUCCAUGUAGAAAAUCUUGGAGAAGGAAAUACGCAAACACUCUUUGACAGAAAUGUAUUUGUUUAUUUGAAAUUUAAAUUUCAUUGAUUAUCCUAUGUUUAAUCUGGCCGCCCUACCUGGAACAUCCUAUUUUACAAAUCAUGCCUAACAUGAAGACAAUCAGCAGUAGCCUCAGUUUCAUGCUGAAGUACUAAAAGCCAAUGAGACAUGCAUUCAUUGGAAGAAAAAGAACAACACAAAGCAAAAACCUAUAAGAAAAUAGGCUAUAUAAAGAAGAAAACAAAAGCCAAAGGGAAAAUAAGUCAUCACUCAAAGAUCCUCCUAAUUCAUGUGGAUGGAACCCAACUGGGUUCCAGUAUCCUCCUAAGUUCUUCACAUGUCAUCCAUCCUUUGUAUCUCAGAGGUGACAAGUCAUCCUGAAUUUCCUUCUUGGAGCAGAAGGGACUUGGAUCUGAGAGCAGAGUCCUGGGGCUCUGUGACCUUUGAGGACGUGGCUGUGUACUUUUCCCAGGAGGAAUGGAGGCUUCUUGAUGAGGCCCAGAGACUCCUGUACCGUGAUGUGAUCCUGGAGAACUUUGCACUUGUUGCAUCAUUGGGGUAUUGGCAUAGAGCAGAGGAUGAGGAGACACCUUCUGAGCAGAAAGUUUCUGUAGAAGUGCCACAAAUAAAUACUUCAAAGACAGACCUGUCCACCCUGAAGUCCUAUCCCUGGCAGAGGUUCUGCCUGUACUUAGAAGGAGGUUUGCAUCUAGCUGAGGACCUUGGCACAAACCAUGGUCAGAAACUGUGUGGGGCAGGUGUGAACUUUCACCAGCACAGUGGAGAGGAACUCUUUAGAAGACAUGUGGGUAAGACCUUUAUGAAGAGCCACACAGUCCAUGCAUACAAGAAGUCUUUCACAUGCCAGGAGCCUGGGAAGGAUUUCCCUGGUACCUCUGGCCUUCUCCAGCAGCAGGUCACUUCACCAAAAGACACCAAGUGUGUAGAGGCCUCUCACAAUGGACAAAGGCAGUAUAAAUGCCACGAAUGUGGGAAAGCCUUCUGCCGGAAGUCUAGGCUUGCUCAGCACCAGAGAGUCCACACUGGAGAGAGACCUUAUGAAUGUGAUGAAUGUGGGAAAGCCUUUGGCUGUAAAUACAUACUUGUUCAGCACUGGAGUGUCCACACUAGAGAAAAGUCUUAUGGGUGCAGCGAAUGUGGGAAAGCUUUUAGCGACAAACACACACUUGUUCGGCACCAGCAAAUUCACACUGGAGAAAGGCCUUACAAAUGCAGUGAAUGUGAGAAAGCCUUCUGUCGCAAAUACAGACUUGCUCAGCACCAGAGAGUCCACACUGGAGAGAGGCCUUAUGAGUGCUGCGAAUGUGGGAAAACCUUCACCCGUAAACCAAUACUAUUUAAGCACCAGAGAAUCCACACUGGAGAAAGGCCUUAUAAGUGUAGUGAAUGUGAUAAAGUCUUUAGAUGCAACUCCAGCCUCAUUACUCAUAGAAGAAUUCACACAGGGGAAAGGCCUUAUGAGUGUAGAGAAUGUGGGAAGUUCUUUAGCCAAAGCUCUCAACUUAUUGUGCACCAGAGAAUUCACACUGGAGCCAAGCCUUAUGAGUGCAGUGAAUGUGGGAAAACCUUCACCACUAAAAGCAAACUUGUUCAGCACCAGAGAGUCCACACAGGAGAAAGGCCUUAUGAAUGUGGAGAAUGCAAGAGAGCCUUCAGCUGUAAACGCAUGCUUGUUCAGCACCAGAGAAUCCACACUGGAGAGAGGGCUUAUGAGUGCAGUGAAUGUGGGAAAGUCUUUAGGUACAUCUCCAGCCUCAUUAAACAUAGAAGAAUUCACACUGGGGAAAGGCCUUAUGAGUGUAGUGAAUGUGGAAAGUUCUUUAGGCAAAGCUCCCACCUUAAAGUCCACCAGAGAAUUCACACUAUAGCAAACACUUAUGAGUGUAGUGAAUGUGGGAAACAUUUUAGCCAAAACUCUACUCUCAUUUUGCACCAGAGAGUUCACACUGGAGCAAAGGCUUAUAAGUGCAGUGAAUGUGGGAAACGUUUUAGCCAAAGCUCUACUCUUAUUAAGCACCAGAGUUCACAUUGGAGAAAAACCACGAGUGCACUAAAUGUGGUGAUUUCUUCAGCCAAAACUCCCAGCUUACUCAACACCAAAAAGUUCAUGCUACAGAAAGGCAUCGCCAGUACAGGAAAUGUGGAAAAUUUUUCUGUCAAAGUCUGCUCUGACUGAGCACCAGAAACUUAACAGCCAAGAUGGACCCUAUGAGUGCAGUGAAUGUAAGAAAGCUUUCAGCUGAAGGUCUAACCUCAUUCGUCACCAGAAAGUUCCUACUGGAGAAAGGCCUUCAAAUGAGAUGAGGAGAGCAGCGAAUAAGCUGUCUUCUUAGUUAAUACAUCAUACUGAAUAGGCUCUGUGAGGGAGUCAUCAACUGGAAGUUGAAUGCCAUACAUCUGAACAGCCCUAGUGUGUAGAUUGCCUCUGAGUACCAGGUUCGUAGGGAGCUUUUAAGUAGCUAUGCUGUACUUUCUGACUUAAUGUCACUGUGAGUUUCUUACAUCACCCAAGUGGUAGAUCCCCAUUCUUGGCACCAGCCACCUCAGUGUGAUCAGGGUAUGUAGAUCUUUGUGCUCUCUUAUCCCCUUAGAAAUGCAUGAAUAGCCUGAGCACUUGGGUGUUGUCAUUCUCUUUGGUCCUGCCAGGACCAAAGCAGCUUUGACCAAUGGAAUCCAGUCUCGGUUCUGCUGGUGGCUCACAACUUAUUUGGUGGCAUUGUCUCAUAUCAUGCUCAGGAUAGGUUUUUCAAGGUCUAAGUCACUCUGUUUGGGAACUAUUUGCCUCAGUUUGCUCCACUCUAUACCAUAAUGAAGACUAUUUAAGCCACCUUUCAUCUUGGGGUUUGUUCACUUUCAGACUGGUGUUGAGAACCAAAUUGGACUCUCAGGAUGAUGAGGAACUGGUUUUGUGAGUGUUCCAAACUUCUUAUACCUCAAUGAGGAUAGUAUCAUGGCAGAGAAUAGUUUUCACUCCAGUUUUGGUCCAAUCUGUUGUCCAAGGCCUCCUACGGUAGACUGCAGGGUUCUGUGGGACUAAUGUUGAAUUCUGGAUGUCAGAAUUUUUGGCGGGUCCUGAGGUCACCUGAGAUGAGGACAGUUGUGAGAACCACCAGUGAUUUUUGGAGCAACAUGAAUGGUUCUCUUUUUCACAUGGGAUAUCAUGUCAUGUCCCCAGUACUGUUCAAGAGAAGAAAUUCUCUAGGUCCAGCUGGAAAAGAGCCAUGUGCCAUAAUGUGCCCAAAGUGGUAGGCUGGUGUUCCUGAGUGUUAUAUUACAGGCAUCAGGUGGGAACCAUAUUUCAUACAGAAACAGUCAUGGAAAUAAUAGGGACUGAGAGACAAGCAAACAAGAAGGGAUGAGCCUUUUCUAAAGUUUCAUCCACAAAUAUUCCAGUGACUCUGUCGCUUUAGGAUAAAGUGUUUGAAGACAUUCUCAGGAGUUCCAGAGCUGUUCCUCUCCUCCUGAGCCCCUAGUCAGUGUCAGAUUGAAUAAUGUAAAGGUUUUAGGAAUCAGCAUCUGCAAACAAUUUAUCUCAAGGCCAUUGCUGCACAGUGAAAACAGUGAGGAAUGAGAGUGGAAAUUGUGUAGUCCAGGCAUGUGAAUUUUAGUACCCAGGCAGAGUUCCUGGAUAACUUAAGUGGAAAGAACUUUCACUGCUCACAAGUCUUCUUUGCUACUGCUACAGAUUCCCUCCCAUGGGCAAGGGGAUGUGAUGGGGUUAAUGUGAGGUUGCCAGAGUUCUACUGAAAAGGAGAUUCAGCAAAGAGAUUAAGAUUUUUAUUUGAAGCCAAUUUCUAUUGAAAUUUAAUUAGCUGUAUAGUUGGUAUGCACUGAACAGAACAUACCUAAAAUGCACAGCUUGGUAAGUUUUAGUACUUGUAAAGCCACGGAACCAUCAUAAUAACGAACAUCUGUCACUGCCAUAUCUACUUUCUGACAUCUCUCUCAGGGCUUUCAGGCAACUACUAUUGACUGACUUUUCUCUCAUUUCAAUUAGUUAGUGUUUUCUAGACUUUUAAUAUUAUUGGAGCCUUAAUGUUUACUUUUGUGUUUGUCUUUUUUUAUCUCCAUGCAUAGUUACUUUGAGAAUCAUCUAAGUUGCCGAUGUGAAUAAUUCACUUUUUUCAUGAUAAUAUACUGUUUGGAUAUACCAUUACUUCACUGGUAUUGAUCUGUUAAAGGAUGGCGUUUUGUGGUUUCCAGUUUGUCUCACAGAUAAGCUUACUAUUAGCGUACAUAAAAUCCUUUAUAUGAGCACAUGGUUUCAUUCUAAAAUGAAUGACUGUACCCAAAUGCAUUCCCAUUGACAGUAUGGGAACAUUCCAGUUCCCCUGUGUUCCUCACCAGUACUUGGUUGGUAUGGUCAGUAGUUUGAAUAUUUCCUGUUUUAAAAGCAUGGAGACAUAUCUCACUGUGGUGUGAUUGCAUUUCCCUAAUGAUUCAUGAUGUUGAACAUUUUUGUGUUCAUUUGCUAAGUGUAUAUCUUCUUUGACAAAAUGUCUGCUUUCUUAUUAGUAACUGAGAAGUUAAUAAAUGUGUUGGAAUUUGA